AUUUAAGUUAGUUUUAACUCUUUUAAUACAUGUAUAUUUACAUAUGUAAAAAACAUACAUUUAUAAUAUUGAGUUAAGUUAAAUGAAAACCACACACAACCAUAAGAUAUACAAUAUACUUUUUGCGGCUGCUGAAACCUUCUGCAACAAAGAGUCCCUCAAAAAUAUCUACUGGCAGCUGAGUAGGUAGUUCGCCAUAAUUAACUGAUAAAAAAUUGCGUUAAUCAGCUGCUCCCUGUUGAGUACUAAAUAUGAGUAUACGUUUGUCCAUCGCAUAAAUUAAAAAAAAAAAAGAAAUAAUAUGAUUUUAUGUGGCUAAUGAAAUUUAUUAAAUUUAAUAUAAAAUUUUCUUAGGUUUUAUUUGAGCACAAUGACCACCUCUCCAUUGACUUCAAGCAAUGUGUUUUAUAUUUUGCUCUCAAUUGUACAUAUACACUUUACUAUCGCCGAAAUACCGCACUGCCCUUUCGAGGAUACUGUUAACAUAACGGGUAGUCAGAUUUUACCAAACGGUUCUUACAACAAUGAAGGUUUAGCGGUGCCGCCACAUUUAACUGGGUAUUACGAGUACAUAGAGCUCUUCGGAGGUAAGCGUGAUGUCGUGGCGAAGCACUUGCGCGGUUGCGUGUGUCAACUCAAGCGAUGUGUCAAAUUCUGCUGUCAUCCCAGAGCCGAUAUUUAUCGUUCAACGGAAAACUUGCGGGUAGAAUGUGAUGAUCAAUUGAAUGAAGAGCUUACAUAUUCACCAUAUUUGAAUAUAACAUUGAAUAACGGUAAUCGGAUUCCAAUGCAUGUCGUCAAUGAGUUUAUGGUACAACAGGGGCUACCGUGUGACCUGGGAUAUAUGUUAAUGCCGCAUUUGCGCGAAGAACAUCAAUGGGAAUUAUUUGAGAAUGGCUCACUACUACGUGUUGGGGACCGGUUGCUCAUUUCGAGACGAGAUUAUUGCCUGACUGCAUAUCCUGUGGGCAAUCGAUUUGUAAUUAAUCCAAUGAACUGUGAUGCCGGACAGAAAAGUUCCGCAAACAUAAUGCUCAAUACAAUAAUAAUGUUGAUUUCCCUGCCUUUUCUUUAUGCUACCAUUUUAAUUUUUUGGCUGAUUCCCGGAUUGCGAAACUUACAUACGAAAUGCCUACUUUCUUAUCUAUUUUCGUUAGCUAUUGGCAACACCAUGAUUAUAGCCAUUAAUUUAAGAAAAUCAGAUUACGAUAAGGCCGUCUGUGCUGCCAUGGGAUUCAUCACUUACUACUUCCUCUCGGCUGUCUUUUUCUGGCUUAAUGUAAUCUGUUUCGAUAUGUAUCAAAAUUUUCACGGCACCAAAGGGAACAUUCAGCACCUGACUCAACGAAAACAGAUUAUCUAUUACUCAAUCUACGCUUGGGGUAUGCCGGCUAUGAUGACCGCUAUAACGGUUACUUUACAGUACUCCGAUUUACCAGACGUCUUGAAGUCGGGCAUUGGCGUUACACAUUGCUGGUUGAAAAGUAACGAUUGGUCGGCAAUGAUGUAUUUCCAUGGACCUUGUCUCCUACUUAUCGCCAUCAAUAUUGUUAUCUUCUAUGUCACUGUAAAGAAGAUGUAUUCUAUUCGCAAGGAAUUAGACGUGUUAACUCAGCUCGAGGAUGGAAUGAGUCGCUUGCGUUUACAACAAAAUAAUGUUUGGCUAUUCUUUCGCAUGUUCAUUAUAAUGGGUAUUAGUUGGCUGUUGGAGAUAAUCGCUUAUAUGAGUGAUAACAAGAGUAAUUAUGCCAUUAUAUUCAAAGUAACGAAUAUCUAUAAUAGUUUUCAAGGAGUAAUCAUAUUUGUGUUAUUGGUUAUGAAGAAGAAAGUGCUGCUGCUCAUAAAGAAUGUUGUUAUGGAAAUCGCUUGGAAAGCGCGAAACUAAGAAAUGAUUGAGGAUACGGGUCCAAUAAUACAAUACUCAUAUAAUACUUAUGUACAUAUGUAUAUACACAUAGAUUAAUUCUAAAAGAAUAUUUUUUUAUAAAA